AUAUCCGUGAAUUAAAGAUUGUUCUACUCAUGGCUCUUGUUCCACUUUCUAGCUCUGAUGAUUUUCCAACCGUCCAUUUGCAAGUAAAAGGAAGGGAUGAGAUCGCUCGCCGCUCUGCAAACUACAAACCUAGUGUUUGGGGUGACCACUUCAUCGCAUCCUCUCUGCACGUGCCUGAUGCACGGAUUAAUGAAAGGAUUGAAGAACUGAAGAAAGAAGUGAAGAGGAUGCUAAGGACUGAUAGUGGGCCAUUUCAAAAAAUGAUCUUGGUUGAUGAAAUCCAACGUCUCGGUGUGGCUUAUCACUUUGAGAUGGAGAUUGAAGAGGCCAUGCGCCAGAUGUAUUAUGCCCAUAUCAACGGUGAUUAUGAUGGCGGUGAUGAUCUGCAUGCAGUCGCGCUCCAAUUUCGACUACUAAGACAACAUGGAUACAACGUACCAUCUGAUGUAUUCGGAAAGUUCAAAGAAGAUGAGUGCCACUUUAAGGCCAGCUUAUGUACCAACGUGAAGGGUUUAAUAAGCUUGUAUGAAGCAGCAUAUUUAAGCACAAGAGGAGAAGACAUAUUAGAAGAAGCCAUUGCUUUCACUAGCAAGAACCUAAGGGCUAUGGUGGCCCACCUUGAAUCUCCUCUCUCUAGUCAAGUGGCCCAUGCCCUUAAGCUACCGCUACGCAGGGGCAUGCCAUGCCUAGAGGCCAGGCGCUACAUAUCUUUGUACCAAGAUCACGAAUCUUGGAGCGAUGUCCUUCUCGAACUUGCCAAGUUAGAUUUCAAUCUACUACAGUCAUUGCACCAGGGAGAGAUUGGAGAACUCUCGAGGUGGUGGAGAGCCGUUGAUUUUGCCUCAAAAUUACCUUUCGUUAGGGACCGUUUGGUUGAGUGCUACUUUUGGAUAUUGGGUGUGUAUUUUGAGCCAAAAUACACGUUUGGUAGAAUCGCAGUGACCAAACUUAUAUCCAUCGCAUCUGUCAUGGAUGACAUAUACGAUGUGUACGGUACACUGGAGGAACUCAAACCAUUCACAGAAGCAAUCCAACGGUGGGACAUUGGGGCCAUGGAUCAGUUGCCAGAGUACAUGCAAGUUUGUUUCCAUGCACUCUACCAGGUUGUCAAAGAAAUUGAGGAGAAGACCACAAAUGAAGGAAGAUCCUACACUGCACACUACUCCAAAGAAGCUAUGAAAGCUUUGACAAGGGCCUAUUUGGUGGAGGCCCAAUGGUUUAGCACGGGACAUGUUCCAACCUUGGAUGAAUACUUGGAGAUUGCAGUCAUGUCCAGUGGUUACCCAAUGCUAGCCGUCCAAGCCCUGGUAGGCUUGGGUGAUGUGGCGACGAAGGAAGCCUUUGAUUGGGUGCUGAGCGUACCUAAGAUCGUAUGGUCCUCUGGUCUAAUCGCCCGUAUCGUCGAUGAUAUACAAACGAACAAGGUCGAGCAAUCUAGAGGAGACAAUGCUUCAAGUGUCCAAUGCUACAUGAAAGAUCACGGCGUCACUGAGGAAGAAGCUUGCCGGGCCCUAUACGAACUGGUCACCGAUGCAUGGAAAGAAAUAAACAAGGCGUGCCUUAGGCCUACAGAAUUCCCUGGGCCCAUCCUUGCCCCAUCACUCAAUCUCGCGCGCAUGAUGGAAGUCCUGUACAAGAAUGGCGACGGAUAUACUGAUUCUGCAGGACAGACCAAGGAAUGUAUUGCAUCAUUGCUCGUCGAUCCCAUCCCUCUUUGAUAAUGCAGUUGUUUUGUUGAAUUGAA